CAAAAAAAAAUCUAUGGUAAAUAGUAGGAUUUCGUUCGCGUUAUGACCGUAUUGACAUAAAUUAAGUAUUAAUAUUGUUUAAUAAAGAGAAAGAGACUACAUACUACAUAAUAAUAUAUUGAUAAAACCUUUUUUUUGUACAAUCAAAUACAUAUUUUUAAAACCAAUACAAAGCUCGAUUCAAUACACAACAUGGUUGGCCCGAUGUUGUUGUUUAAAAUGCUUCAUUGUAAACAUUUAAGAAAAACUUUAGAAAAGUCAAACAAGGGACUGUCUAGCCAAUGUUCAAAUAACAUCUAUAUAAAAAAAGAAUUUGAUGAUACUUCAUGUAGAAUUUGUUUGAAAGAAGGUUGCAUACCAAUCUACAGCAACGACGAAAUACCACAGGCUUUAAGCUCUUUUGGCGGCAUAUUUGUAAGUAUCAGCGACCCGUACCCGAAAUAUUUGUGCCAGCCGUGCUACUCUCUGCUCCAAGGUGCAAUGCUAUUCAGAAAAAAUGCUCAACGUUCCGAUGAGAUACUUAAACAUCCCAUAGAAGAUAAUUCAGAAGACACUAUUCAUGACAAUGAUCUGACCGAUCCAUGCUUUGAUGACGAUUUAUACGAUUAUGAUAUAUUCAAAAUUACAAAGAAGCAAGACAAAAAGCCAAAAGAUUACUAUUGUAAAAAAUGUAACAUGGAAUUUAAAACACAUGAUGAAUAUACGGAACAUAGGCUUUCAGAUGAACAUGAUAAUCUUAGACACACUUGUCAAAUAUGCAACAAGUCAUAUAGAGCAGAAUAUUUAAAAAAACACAUGAAAACCCAUAUCCAAGAUCCUCCUUACAUGUGUGAUAUAUGUGGUAAAAAAUUCAAAGUCCAGGGACACUUCUCUCGGCAUAGAGUGACACACUUCUAUGAAUUGCCAUACCAAUGUAGUUUGUGUCCUUACAAAGGCAGAUUUAGUGAAUCCCUAAAGAUGCACAUGAGAUCACAUACAGGAGAAAAACCAUAUCAAUGUGUUCAAUGCCCUUCACGUUUCAUAAAUAAGAGUAAUUUGAACAAGCAUAUGCUAACGCACAAAGGACAGCAUGAUUUUAAAUGUGAUUCAUGUGGACGAGGAUUCUACACAAAAAGAGAACUGGAGUUACAUUUUAAAGUUGAUCAUACUGGGAUAAAGGACCAUGUCUGCAAUAUAUGUGGGAAAGCUUUUGGAUACAGGAAACAAAUGAUGAAACAUCAAUUAAAAGUUCAUAAAAGAGAAAAAUUAAGGAGCGGUAGAACUCCUCUCUAUGUCAAAUUAGAAUUGAUGAAGCAAAAAGGAGAAGAAUUAAUAAACAACCAUUAAGUUUUAAAUGUAUUUUAUAACAUGUUUAUCAAUCAAAAUGAUGAAAUAUGAAAUGAUUGUUUCUGUUUACUUAUAUUAAUUUAAAACUAGCUUUCUAUCUGCAGCUUUUUACAGAUGGACUACAUUUUAUAUUGUGUGGGUAGACCUAAUUUUUUUUUCGAUCUUGCGCCUACGUUGUACCCGCACUGGGGAUGCGAGCGGGGAAUGUGGGACUUGAUGAUCUGGAAAUGUUGGGAGAUGACUGUGGGCCCAAGGAUAUUUUAGGGCCCUACCGCACUAAACAACUCCCCUGCACUGUUGCACCCGACAUCCAAUCUCACCACCAUCACCAUUUGAGCAUAAAAACAAACAAGACUUUUUUUCAAAUAUUAUUUACACUGUAACUUCUGACAUUUAUUACAGUACAAGAGUGGUGGUAGGAUGUAGGUGGUAGGUACCACCACCCUGCCUAUUUCUGCUGUGAAGCAGUAAUGCGUUUCGAAAUGAAGGGUGGGGCAGCUGCUGUACUGUUAAAAGUAAACCUUAGAACUCGUGUCUCAAGGUGGGUGGCAGUUUACAUUGUAGAUGUUUGUGCUCCGGUUACCACUUAAGACCAGGUGGGCCGUUGGCUCGUCCAGCGAUAUAAGCUAUAAAAAAAAGUAAUUCCAUAACAUUUAAAUAGUACCUAAUUAUUUUAAAAUUCAAUUUUGGUUAUAAACUAUGGUAUAGUGUUUCUCAAGACGAGUACACGAUCUAAUCAGAAUCAAUUGCUUUGAACAAAUUAGAAGGGUAUAGCAGUUUUUACUUGUUUCAAUUAUAUUUAGUUAUGAAUUAUGAAAUGAAGUUUUCUCACAUUUGGUUUAUUAUUAUAAAUUUUAUAUCCUCGUGCAUGUUUUGCAUAAUGUACAGCUACCAUCGCCCUUUAUCGAUUGUGUCCUAAUUUAUCAUAUUGUUAAUUAAUUAAAAUGUUGGUAUGUGCAGUAAAUAUAAUUGAAAUUUAUAAAAUAGGAAUUAUCAGCAAUAAAAAAAUAGAUCCCUAAUACUAAGGAAACAGUUGUUUCUGAAUGACGUCAACCAAUAUAGAUUCCUAUUUCAAAAACUACAAAAUUCCUAAAUUCAACUUCAUAUAAUAUCAACCUGUAAUAUUUUUUUAACACAUGCACAACAAACAAGAUAUAGGUAGGUAAUAAGUUUUAGUUUGAUUUUAAUGUUAUCGUAGGAGAUGCAAUAAAAAUGUCACUUGGAACAAAAGCAUGGAGCUUAAGAAAGAAAAUAAAACAUCAUUACGGAAACCAGGAUUGUGGAAAAAUAUCUCACAGUACAGUACUAAAGUAGGACUAUUUAUGGAUUUGUAUGAAAUAAAGAGUGAAGCUUUCAUAAACACUAGACAAUAUUAAAAAUAUGGAUCGACUUAGUGGCCUCACGUUUUAGUUAGAUUAAUGGCUGUGCUACUAUUGCCAAUUACAGAAUAUGGUGGUGAGUGCGCACUAGAAACACUCACUAGACCGUAACGUUGGUUUGAAUAAUUAUUUAAACCUUUUUUAAAUUUCCGGCCAAUUAUUCAGACUAUAUGCAGUGACAUUAGAAUUGUCAAAAUAAAAUAGACACUUAUACUUAUAUUACGUUUAUCAAAACCGAUAUAAUUGAGCACGUUAAUUUACGCGGCGAAUAUUUUUAGAGUCCAUAAAAAUGGCCAAUGAAGCUGAGGACACAAUUCGAAAACUGUCGACGUACAAAGGCGUGGUUGGCGUCGUCGUUGUAAACGGAGAAGGAAUACCGAUAAAAACCACUUUAGAUAAUCACAUUUCCGUACAAUACGCGGGCCUAUUGACCGCGUUGGUGGACAAAGCGAAAACUGUCGUGCGAGACCUGGAUCCGUCUAAUGACUUGACAUUUUUGAGGAUAAGAAGCAAAAAAAGCGAAGUAAUGGUGGCGCCCGAUAAAGAAUUUAUAUUAAUAGUAGUUCAAAAUCCUGUUGAGUAAUUUGAAAUUUACUAAGUAUUACCACCUGUUUUGGUUGAAAGGUCAAUUUUUUUUUUAAAAUAAAUAUCCUUCACUUAGAUUAAUUAGUACGGCAGUUUGAGACAAAUUUCAUAGAAUUAUUAAGACAGAAUAAAAGCUGCAUUUAGAA